CAACGUUGAACUUUUGUCAGCAAUUGGUUUUGCUCCUCCUCUUCUGUCCUUGCACUAUUCAGUAUCCAGAAGGCAGCUACAACAACCAAGUAUGGGAACUGGUGCUGUGUUCCUGCUCACUGCCCUGGCCUCUUGUCAUGGAUUCAACUUGGACAUCAAACAUCCGAUUAUUUUCCAGAAGGAUGCAGCUGGUUUUGGGCAGAGUGUGGUCCAAUUGGAAGGAUUCCGGCUUGUGGUGGGAGCUCCCUUGGUGAAGGUUUCUGACAGCCAAACAGGGAGACUCUAUGAGUGUAAAUAUGAUACUGGAAGAUGUGUGCCCAUCCCCUUACAGAUCCCCCAAGAGGCAGUGAACAUGUCCCUGGGGCUCUCUCUGGCUACUGGUCCAAACUCCUCACAAUUACUGGCCUGCGGACCUACAGUACACCAAGUCUGUGGAAAGAAUAUAUACAUGAAGGGUUUCUGUUUUGUGCUGGAUUCAAAGCUUCAGCAACAAAAAACAAUUCCAGCAGCCCUACAGGAGUGCCCGAAGCAAGAAAAUGACAUUGUCUUUGUGAUCGAUGGCUCCACCAGCAUCGACUCCCAUGACUUUCAGCAAAUGAAGAGUUUUGUCAGAGCUGUAAUCAAUCAAUUCAAAGAGACCAACACACUGUUCUCAUUGAUGCAAUAUUCGAACCGCCUGAAAAUACAUUUCACCUUUGCUGACUUCCAAAGAAGCACCAAUUGGGGCAAUCUAGUGAAUCCAAUUUUGCAGCUGCGGGGUUUGACCUACACUGCCACAGCCAUCAGAAAAGUAGUAACAGAAUUAUUUCAAAGCCGGAAUGGAGCUCGGAAGAAUGCCACUAAGAUCCUCAUUGUAAUCACAGAUGGAGAGAAAUACCAAGAUAAACUACAAUAUAAAGACGUCAUCCCCGAGGCAGAACAGGCAGGGAUCAUCCGAUACGCAAUUGGGGUGGGAGAUGCUUUCGAGUAUGCCAGUGCCCAGGAGGAGCUAAACAUAAUUGCAUCACAACCUGCAAAGGAGCAUGUGUUCCAGGUGGAUAACUUCAGUGCUCUAAAGACCAUCCAGGAGGACCUUCAAGAGAAGAUCUUUUCCAUUGAAGGCACUCAAUCCAAAAGCAGCAUCUCCUUCCGGCAUGAGAUGUCCCAGGCUGGCUUCAGUGCUGCCCUUUCAUAUAUGGGACCAGUCCUAGGAACUGUAGGGAGUUUCGACUGGUCUGGAGGUGUAGCCUUAUACUCAUCAAAUGAGGAUCCUGUCUUUAUCAAGACAUCCAAAGAGGACAUGAAUGAUGCUUAUCUGGGUUACUCCACUACGGUAGCCACUUGGAACAGAGUUCAGAGACUUGUUCUGGGAGCACCUAGAUAUCAGCACACAGGAAAGGUUAUCGUCUUCACUGAUGUGGAUGGCACAUGGAAGCAGGAGGCUGAAGUCAAAGGGACACAGAUUGGAUCCUAUUUUGGGGCCACCCUCUGUUCCAUUGAUGUCAACCAAGACAGCAAUACUGACCUGAUCCUCAUUGGAGCCCCCUAUUACUAUGAACAAAACCGAGGAGGCCAGGUGGCCAUCUGUCCCUUACCUCGCCAGAGGGCCAAAUGGACCUGCGAAGUUGUUCUACGGGGACAUCAGGGGCAUCCCUUGGGCCGUUUUGGGGAAGCACUGGCUGUAGCAGGGGACACCAAUGGGGACAAAAUAAAAGAUGUAGUUGUGGGGGCACCUGGGGAGGAAGAAAACAAGGGAGCCAUCUACUUGUUUCAUGGUGUAUCUGGAGCCAGUAUCAAUCCUUCCUAUAGCCAGAGAAUCAGUGGUUCCCUCCUUUCCCCCACACUCCAAUAUUUUGGGCAGUCCCUAAGUGGGGGACAAGACCUCACCCAGGAUGGGCUCUUGGAUGUGACUGUGGGAGCAAAGGGACAGGUGCUGCUGCUCAGGACACGUCCAGUGCUAAGAGUUGACGUGUCAAUAACAUUCACACCUCCAGAGUUGCCAAGAUCUGUAUUUGAGUGCUGGGGACAGGAAACUACCAACCAGGAAGCAGGGGCUGCUGUAAUUUGCCUUACUAUAUAUAAAAAUACUCCUGACCAGCUGGGUGAUGUCCAAAGCUCUGUGGCUUAUGACCUUGCUCUGGAUGCCGGACGCCUGAGUCCUCGGGCCACAUUUGCUGAAACAAAGAACUGGACACUAACUCGAGUUAAAACUCUGGGACUGGGGAAUCACUGUGAGACUGUGAAACUGCUAUUACCUUAUUGUGUGGAGGACUCAGUGACCCCCAUCAGUCUACGCCUCAACUUCUCUCUAGUGGGACAGCACAUCACCUCAUCUAGGAAUCUCAGACCUGUUCUAGAAGUGGGUUCCCAGAACCUCUUUACCUCCCACUUCCCUUUUGAGAAGAACUGUGGAACAGAUCAUUUCUGUGAGGAUGACCUCAGCAUUACUUUCCAUUUCUCAGGGCUACAACUCCUAGUGGUUGGGAGUAAUCUGGAGUUGAAUGUGACAGUAACCGUGAAAAAUCAGGGGGAAGAUUCGUAUCGGACGAUGGUUACCUUCUUCUAUCCCCCAGGAUUGUCCUAUCGACGAGUGUCACUGACCCAGAACUGGCGUCCUCAACGAUCUAUGCGUCUUGCAUGUGAGGCGGCAGUGCCAGAGAACAAGACCCUGAAGAGUACCAGCUGCAGCAUCAAUCACCCCAUCUUCCAGGAAGGAGCUGAGGUCACUUUUGUAGCAACGUUUGAUAUCUCUCCCACUGCCACCCUUGGAGCCAAGGUGCUUAUGAAGGCCAAAGUGAGCAGUGAAAAUAGCACACCCAAGUCCCACAAGACCACCUUCGAACUAGAGGUACCAGUCAAGUAUGCUGUCUACGUGGUGAUCAGCAGCAAGGAAGAAUCCACUAAGUACUUAAAUUUUUCUGCUUCCGAGGAGAAGAAAAGCCAAGAGGUCAAGCACAGAUACCAAGUGAACAAUCUCAGUAAGCAGGAUCUGCCCAGCAGCAUUAACUUCUGGGUCCCUGUGGAGCUAAAUAGGAUGACUGUGUGGGAUGUAACCACAGUCGAGUCCCCCCAGAAGAUCCCACUUCCAUGUGUCUCAGAGAGGAGCUCUCCAAAUCAUUCUGACUUCCGGACCCAGAUUCAGACGAGCUCUGUGCUGGACUGUUCCAUUGCGGUUUGCCUCAAAAUCAAAUGUGAUAUCUCCUCUUUGGGUGUCCAAGAAGAGCUUGACUUCACUCUAAAAGGCAACCUCAGCUUUUUCUGGGUGAGCCAAACCCUGAAGAAGAAGUGGCUGGUCAAAAGUUCAGCGGAAAUCAUUUUUAAUGAAUCCGUAUAUUCCCAACUUCAAGGACAAGAGGCCUUUUUGAAAUCCCAGAUAGAAACAACCCUGGAGGAAUAUGAAAUCCACAACCCCAUCCCCCUUAUUGCUGGCAGCACUGUGGGGGGACUUCUGCUGCUGCUGCUCAUAACAGCUGGUCUCUUCCGGCUUGGCUUCUUCAAACGUCACUACAAAGAAAUGAUUGAGGAAAACAUCCAGAGUACCCAUUUCAGCAAUGAAGAUUCCAACUCCUUGACAGAUGAUUUGACUGCCCCAAAGUAACUGUUUCUCCUGUUGCUCAGUCUUCCCACAUGAGGGCUACGUGGGUAAUCUUAGCAGAGAUGCCACCCAUGUAGGGUAAUUUUGUUUUCCUGUUAUGUGCUAUCACUUUCCCCAGUAAGUAGUAGAAAUUUUGCAUUUUACACACGUCUAUCAGUCUUUACAAAGAAGGAAACUAGUUAAAACUCGCUGUAUGCAAAUAGCAGCUGGCUUCCAUGUUUGUUCUUGCCAUAUUAAAUGAGAAUGUGAAAUGUG